GUCAAAAAGUUACAAGUUUAGUAAAGGAACAAUUUCUUUUUCGAAUAUAAAUAAGUUUUAUUUGUCAGCUUUUAACAUGUUGUGAAUUUAUAGAUUUUUAUAGUCGCAGACAUAUUAUUAAGUCGCUUUAAUAUCAAAUCAUGUGAACAAUAUCAUCUUUUAAUUCUAUUUCAAUAUACAAAAUUUACAUUCCUAAUCAAUGAUCUGAAUCAUAAUGAAAGUGUACGUAGAAUAACUAGGAAUAGUUGAAGUGUGAAGAGUGGCCUAUAAAAGUAUAUUUAUUUGUAAGAGCACUUCGUACCUUUUUUGAAAUGGCUGAAACUUCGUCUUUUGUCGCGAAGCCGGCUAGAGGAUGGCUACAUCCAGACACGAUCCUCGCCACAGAUGGAAUUACAUAUGCCGUUAGAUACAUAGGGUGUAUGGAAGUAUUAACGUCGAUGAAAAAGUUGGAUUUCGAUACAAGAUCUCAAGUUGCUAAGGAAUGUAUUGCUCGAGUUUGCGCUGCAGCGGGUCUUAGAUCUGCAGAUAAGAAGCGUAGGAUUAGCCAAGCAGCAGCAUGUGCUUUAGCGGCCAAGCCACGGAUGUCACAUUCCAGUUCAAAUGUUGCCCUUACUAUCUCCUCCAAAGCUAUAACCAUAGCUGCCCUUGAAGGGGGAGAGACUAUCGCACGUCAUGAUAUGCCGAGGGUGUCAUUUGCUUCCGGCGGUGACUCAGAUUCAUUAGACUUUGUGGCAUAUGUGGCGAAGACAGCGCCACCUACAGAAUGGAGAGCUUGUUAUGUACUAGAAUGUGGCGGUAUGCUGGCUCAAGAUGUAAUCGCUACUGUUGGACAAGCAUUUGAGUUGCGCUUCAAAGAGUUCUUAACAAAACCUUCAUCGGUGAAUGUGAACGGCGGCCGCGCGCUGUGCACGGCGGAGGCGGGGGCGGGGGCGGCGCUGGAGGAUCGCGACUACUACAACGACCUGCCCGACAAG